AUGGCUACGUCCUCUGCAAAUGAGAUAAAGCUCGUAUCCGGGCGUUCGCAUCCCGAGCUAAGUGAGAAGGUUGCUAGUCGACUCGGUAUCAAACUUGCCACUACUGUCAGUCUCAAUUAUUCGAAUUUAGAGACAAGUGUAACCAUUGGCGAGUCUGUUCGAGACCAGGAUGUUUAUAUUAUACAGUCUACUGCCCCUGGGAUGGUCAAUGACGGUCUUAUGGAGUUGCUCAUAAUGAUACACGCAUGUCGUACUGCAUCUGCCCGAUCGAUCACCGCGGUCAUUCCCAAUUAUCCCUACGCCCGGCAGGACAAGAAGGACAAAUCCCGUGCUCCAAUUUCAGCUCGGCUUGUUGCUAAUAUGCUUCAAUCAUCUGGUGCCAACCAUGUCAUCACGAUGGACCUACAUGCGUCUCAGAUACAGGGAUUUUUCAACGUUCCGGUUGACAAUUUGUAUGCCGAACCGUGCGUGUUGGGUUGGGUGAAAGAGAACCUCGAUACCCAGAAUUGCGUCAUCGUCUCGCCAGAUGCUGGUGGCGCAAAACGCGUGGCGAGCCUUGCAGACAAGUUGGACAUUGGGUUUGCCCUCAUUCACAAAGAACGGCCUCGUCCAAAUGUAGUGGGUCGUAUGGUUUUGGUUGGUGAUGUCAAAGAUAAAACGGCGAUUCUGGUUGAUGACAUGGCCGAUACCUGUGGAACGCUCGCAAAAGCCGCUCAGACCGUGAAAGAACAUGGAGCCAAGGAAGUAUACGCCAUUGCGACUCAUGGCAUCUUGAGCGGGCCAGCGAUUGAAACCAUCAAUAACUCGUGUCUGGCCGGGUUGGUUGUCACGAAUACUGUUCCCCUUGGCGACAAGAUUGAACGCUGUCCGAAAUUAAAGAUUAUUGACGUAUCAAGUACUUUGGCAGAGGCUAUCCGACGAACGCACAAUGGCGAAUCUGUCUCUUAUCUAUUCCACAAUGCUCCAUGA